AAAGUUGCGCGUAACACCCGCUCUGUUAUAGAGAAAUUCUUUAAAUGGCUGCAUAUACGCAAUUUGGAUACGCUGGCUUUCCGACGGCCUCGCAGCUCUUGCCGCCAAAUGCAGCGCAGGCAUCCGAAGACGCGUCUUCAAUGGUGAUGACAAACGUGCCAGCUUUAAGCCCUACGGGUGGUGGCGGUGUAGACCGUCAGUCGAGCCAGCAGGCAGGAGCAGUAGCUGGAUCGGGAGUAGGCGGCGGUGGCGUCGGCAGUGGUGGAGACAGGGCCGCUGUAGCCGCUUGUGGAGACGCCUCAUCGGGGGCGCUAAGCCCAGACGGACUUUCGCAGAAUUCAAACGCGGCAACAGGGUCAGGAGUGAGUGGUGCUCCCGGUGGCUCCCUGGACAGCAGCGCCGUAGGUACAACGCCUACAACUGGCAGCUCAUGCUGCGAGAAUGGUCGUCCCAUUAUGACCGAUCCCGUCUCGGGUCAGACAGUCUGCUCCUGUCAGUACGACUCAGCACGUCUGGCACUCUCCAGCUAUUCGCGCCUGCCUGCAGCCAGCGUCGGAGUCUAUGGCUCACCAUACCCUUCAACGGAUGAACAGAAUCCUUACCAGAGCAUUGGCGUAGACAGCUCCGCCUUCUACUCACCGCUGAGCAACCCAUACGGAUUGAAGGACACUGCGGCUGGGUCUGAUAUGGGCGCAUGGACCUCGGCGGGCUUGCAACCGACUACGGGCUACUACUCCUACGACCCCAUGUCUGCAUACGGAUAUGGAGCCAGCUAUGACUUGGCGGCGCGCCGUAAGAACGCCACGCGCGAAUCAACGGCAACUCUGAAAGCGUGGUUGAAUGAGCACAAGAAAAAUCCCUAUCCGACUAAGGGUGAGAAAAUUAUGCUGGCCAUCAUCACAAAGAUGACUCUGACUCAGGUGUCCACAUGGUUUGCAAACGCUCGGCGGCGCCUCAAGAAGGAAAACAAGAUGACUUGGGAGCCAAAGAAUCGUACUGAUGACGACGAUGAUGCUCUGGUAUCUGAUGAUGAAAAGGACAAGGAUGAGCUGGAGUCCAGCAAAGGGUCACAGGGUGGGACCAAAGAUGGUGCUAAGGACGAGGAGGAACUCAUUGACGAUGAGCACAAAAGUCUUGGACAAGCUAACAUUCUUCGACCUGGCUUUGGAUACCCUUCAGCGGCUUAUCACGGCAGCAGUAGCAGCGGCCAUCCAGGUGGCUAUCAUCCGUAUCACCAUCCCCCACAUCAUCAGCACCCCGCUUAUUACCAACCGCAGCAGGCCAUGCUGCCGGCUGCAUUCCAUGCCAGCGACGGUGGUCUGUCCAGCAAGCACAGUGAACAAAGCGAUCCAAAAAACCAGCUAGACCGGGACUGUGGUGUACUUAUUCCAGCUUCGAAGCCCAAAAUUUGGAGCUUGGCCGACACAGUUGCCUGCAAGACUCCACCUCCGACAUGCAUGGGCCAAGGCCACCUAAUGCCGAUGCAGCAGCAGCACUCUUCAAUGCAGCAGCUUCAACUGGCUGCACAGCGCCAUCCGCACCCGCAGCCUUUGCAGGAGAGCUUGGCGAUGGCCUCUCAGAUUCCGUUGCAACAGCAGCAGCCACAGCUACAGUCACAGCCGCAGCAACAACAGGGAGAACAACAGCCUUUGCCCAUGGCGAGCCAACUAUUUAACGGUGAGCCUUAUGUAAGAGCACAUACCACAGCGUACGGGGGUUUUCUAGGGGCUACGACUCAGCAGCUUCAUACUACGAGCACGAGCAGUGCUCCUAUUCUGCACAGCAGCAGCAGUCCGAGCAGUUCCAGCGGAACUCAUACACCUUCCAUCCCUAUUACAGCAUGCGGAGUCACAGGGCCGGGGUCGGGGUCGGGAACGGGUCUGCAAGCGACACGGCCGCAGUUUCCAUUAACUCGACAGCCGCAUCCACAACAGCAACAGCAUCUGUCUCACUCAACAGCGAGUCAGCGGGCGAUGGCGAUGGGGAUGGGGAUGGGGAUGGGGUUUCCCGAAGCCCAACCCGAUACUCCACCCCAAACUCCGCCGAACAUGAAGGUCCUGAGCGGGGCUUUGAGUCUGCUGCCUACCGGUUCACAAAUCCAUAUGACCGCUACUUGUCGCAGCAGUAACAACUAUAAUCUGGCCAGCAACUUCCCCAUGAACUUUUCAACUCGAUUUAGUGAAAACGAGUAUCCAUCGCAAAUGAGCAGAGAUGAGUUCAACAGCAGCAGCAGCAGCAUUAGCGGCAGCAGUAGCAGCAGCUCAUUAUCGCCCCAACAGUUGCAGCGCAGUGAGAAUGUGUUCAAGCCAGUGUUCAAGGGGUACGCUAUUUAAAGUUCUCCCAUUGCACAUUUUCUACAAAUAUCAAUUAAUUUUCAAAAUCACAAUGCCAGAAUAGUAAGAUACUGGCAGGCGGACAGGACCUAAAGGUCCGUUUAUUUGCAAAUGGUGAGCUGGGAAAGACUUUGCGUAAAACGUUCACUGUUUGCAUUCUAAUUACCUAUGUUAAAUAUACUUUUAAUUUAGAGAUUAACUUUCAUUUUUGGGCUCGUGCAACAACGUAAUGGAGUGUGUAAUACAUAAUUAAUACAUAGGUAUACCAUAUUGGUAGGUGCGUUGCAGAAUUUAAAACAUUUGAAGUAAGCUAGCUCUUUCUGUAACUUCAUCAUCUGCUUACGUACGAACAUUCAUAAAUAUAUUGUACAUAUAUAGAUAUAUAUAUAUGAGUAUAGGACCCUUACAAUUUAUAAG